AUUUUAUUAUUUCGUGGAAGCUUAGCAGCGCCACGUAUCACGUGGCAACCAUUGAAAAUUCUUUUAUUGCUCACUGAAUAUAUAUCAUCGAAAAUUCACAAUAAAAUUUAAGACAAAUUUAACGAAUAAUCAAAAAUUGUUGAAAUUUAUUCAAAAUGACAGACGAAUCUAACGGAGAAUCUACGUUCGAGUUUGUAGAAAAAAAAUCGGACGAAAUUUCAGUACCUGGAGAGAUUGUUAAAACUGAUUCAUUUUGCAGUUUAUCAUCAUCAACAUCUCUUUUAACACCCUUGGGUGUUUCUACGUCAACAGGAAAUUUAUUUUCAAACUUAGCACCGCCAGCAGCAUUGCCUAGUUUUGUUUCACAUCCUGUUGCGGUUUCUUUAGAUAAAAAUCUUCAAAAUACAAAUGUAUCUGUAUUAAAGCAAAAUGAAUUGGUCAAGAAACCACUUGUAUCUCAUACUUCUAUGGAAAGUAAACAAGAAUAUCCAAUUACUUCACCAUCAGAAGUAUCAACAAAUCCACCUACUGAAGUGGUAGAAACGCAAUUGCAAGAUUCAGGAAUGGUUGGUAGUGGUUUGCUCUCUUGGGUAAAAGAGACUGUAGUAAUUAGCAAUGUUUUAAGCAAAGUCGCUGAGAAGGCAAAAAAUAGUGUCAAUACCAUGAUCACAACAUUAGAUCCACAGAUGCAUUCAGGCGGUGAUAUAGAAGUCGUAGUUGCUUCAGAUAAGGAUGCAAAAAUAAGUCCUGUACGCCAAGCAUUUCAAGCAGUGUUUGGUAAAGCAACAGUUACUGGUGUACCUGUGGAUUGUACUGCCAUAGCUGCUCAACCAGUUGGUUUUGCUGCUGGUGUGAAAGGUGCCGAGGAGAGAAUCAAUUCAGCACGCAACAAUUCAUUUUUGCCAAAAGAUAUACCUAUUAUUGCGAUAGAAAAUUUUUUACUUGAAAUAGGGGAAGACAAAUGGUACGAUUUAGGAGUGAUUCUUCUUAAUGAUCCUAAAAACAAUGUAAAUCUUCAAACGUUUACUCAAAUGACUCCAGUACCUAGUCAAAUAGUUUUGCUAGCACAACAAGAUACACCAGAAGAUUAUCCUCUCAAAUGGUCUGGAUUAUCAGUCACAAUUGGCAGUUUAAUGGCGAACAAUUUACAAGUUUCUCACAACGAAUGGCAUCAUGCAUUAACUGGAGUUUCAAGAAGAGAUUUGAUAUUUUUAGCAGUUCAAUCUCUAGCUGGAAUUUAUAAAACUACGAUAAAUCCAGUGUAAUAUUUGAUGAAUCAAUACCAUCGAAAAAUAAUGUGUUUUGUAAAUAUAAUUAUAUUAAUACAAAAGAUAACAAAUAAGGUUUAGAUUGCUAAAUAAAAAGAAAAAUAUCGGACGUAAGUUCGACGAAGAUAAAAUAUCUAUGUACAAUGAAAGAACAGUGAUCUGUGUAAAAAUUAAUAUCAGUAUAUAUAAUUAUUUAAUAUUUUAAGAAAAUUUAAAAAAUAAAUAAAUCAACUAAUAAGAUAUUAAUCUUAUCUUUAGUUUAUAUUCAUACGAAGAUACCUAAAAAUGUAUCACCUAAAAUAUUAUUAUUGUUCAGGAAUAAAACUUCAAACCUCAUAGGACAUUAUGAGAUGGAUUUAAAGUUAUGUUAGAAAAUUAGUAUUUUUCUUUUUUAUAAUUUUUUGUUUAAUCUUUUUAUAUUGUUCAUGUUCGGAAAGAUUACAGUAUUGUUGCGAUUUCAUGAUCAUUGGUAAA